UACAUACACACACAUACACACACACACCAUAGCCAUUUUCCUGUUGACUCCGCGCUCCGCCACGUUGGUUCCCCUACGUGUGUGUGUCGCAUUCUCUUGCGCACCACCAACGUUAUGUUUGUGAUGAGGCGGGAAAUGGCGUCCGCAGACAUGGUUGAUCAGUGACUAGCUACCGAGCGACAGACACAGCUGGGCGAGCAACAAACCACGGCCCGACCUCAACCGGUGGCCGUCACGGUCGCGGCCGAGAGCUGACAACGCUGCGCCAACUUCUGAGGAGCUCCCAGGGUCGUCAAUUUUUCUAUGUGACGUUGGAGCAUGAUGAGGCUGAGAGUGCGUAAAGCUCCUCAGCAGCCAAACAUAGGCCGUCGAACCCACCCAUCCCAGGCCAAACGGAAACACUGUGAAGUGGAGCCAUCCCCUGUGAGAGGUCGAGGCAAAAUGCAGAAGAAUGAAACAGGCCUGUUGUCCACUAUAAAGAAAUUCAUCCGUGGAAAUGCAGUUAAGGUGGAGCAGGAAAUCCCCGCCAAGAGGAGUCGUAUUGAUUGUAAUUCUGAUAGCGAUCUAAUUACUUCAACACCACAGACAAGAGGCCUUUCCAACAAAUCAGUCUCCAGAGUUUGUCGGAAAACUCCAAAUAAAGACACAAUGACCUGCAACAGUAAACCCCUGAAACCAAACGGUAAACUAGAGGCCCCUGUCGAAGCAGCAAGCAGCCCCCCACGCACCACCCUGCUUGGAACCAUCUUCUCUCCAGUUUUCAACUUUUUCUCACCAGCAACUAAAACGGCCACUCCUGGUUCAGACUCUCCUGGCCAAGCGAUGGAGGCAGAGGAAAUCAUGAAACAGCUGGACAUUGAGCAGGCAGAAGAAAUGCCAAGCAGCACUCUUACAUCCACAGAGGGCAUCACUCUGUGUCACACUGCCCCAAUAUUACCACAGAGGCUUCAGAUUACCUCCGACACGGCCGUAGAAGAAGGGGAAAUUGUCACUGAAACUGACAUGCCACCGUUAACAGUUCCUGGUUGUAUGCCAGAUGGUGGUUACCCACACGCGUUACCUCCACCUCCUGCAGAAACCUCAUAUGAUGAGGACUGGGAAGUUUUUGAUCCGUACUUCUUCAUCAAACAUGUGCCUCCGCUGACAGAAGAGCAGUUAACACGCAAACCAGCGUUACCUUUGAAAACACGCAGCACACCAGAGUUUUCUCUCGUUUUGGACCUGGACGAAACUCUGGUCCACUGUAGUUUGAAUGAGCUAGAAGAUGCAGCCCUGACAUUCCCUGUGCUCUUUCAAGAUGUAAUAUACCAGGUGUAUGUUCGGUUGAGGCCCUUCUUCCGCGAGUUUCUUGAGCGGAUGUCUCAAAUGUAUGAGAUUAUUCUCUUCACGGCUUCAAAAAAAGUCUACGCCGACAAGUUGCUCAACAUCCUGGAUCCAAAAAAACAGUUGGUCAGGCACAGGCUAUUUCGUGAGCACUGUGUGUGUGUUCAAGGAAAUUACAUUAAAGACCUAAACAUACUGGGACGGGAUCUUUCCAAGACGAUAAUAAUCGACAACUCACCCCAAGCCUUUGCCUAUCAGCUUUCCAAUGGGAUUCCUAUUGAGAGCUGGUUUGUGGAUAGAAACGACAAUGAGCUUCUAAAGCUUGUUCCUUUCCUCGAGAAGCUUGUGGAGCUGAAUGAAGAUGUCAGGCCGCACAUCCGUCAACAGUUUCGUUUGCACGACCUUCUUCCUCCAGACUGAGGACCUCACGUUUGUCUUUCAGUUCAAGAUGGUAUCAACAUUGGGAAAAAAAAAAAAAAACUUACCCCCAGAAGGAAAUAUUCAAUGGAUUACUCUUUGCAAACACAACAUUGCCAUUAUUAUUAUUCUUAUUAUUAAUAUAAUUUUUUAAAUCAUGCAAAAAAAAUUUAAAGCUAUGUUUGAGUCAAAAAGCUCUGGAUGUUUUUAUACACACUCAAACCAGACUCGGAACAAACAGACCUGCUCGCUGCGGCGGCCAUUUCUUUUUAGUGCGACUUUGAAGACGGCCUCCUGGAAGGUAUUUUGUCUUUUAAGAACCAUUUUGGAUUGACAAAUCUGAAUGUCAUGCAGUGUUGGAUUAUAUGGACCUUGGUGGCUUCAGCCUGACCUUGAACGGCCAGUCAAACCUGUAUAAUAUUCAAUCUAUUUACUUGUAAAUAUAUGUACAUAGGUUUUUUUUUUUUUUUCUUCAAGGUUUUUAUGUCAUUUUAUUUUCACUUCAGAUUUUAGUAUGUAUUCUUUUGAUUCGGUUGCUUUUAUAAACCAACAACAUGUUAGUGUGUUUUGUUUGAAGUUGUUGAUAAACAGCUGCUUUUCUGUUGUAUGCCUGCAUUAUUCCUGUGAUGCUUUACUCCAUUACAUGCAGUUGUCUGUAAUAAGGUGCAGUUUUGAAAAAAUGUAUCUUUGGGAGGAAAAUGUUUCUGAAACAAUAUUUUAAAGUUAUGUAAUGUAAUCUAGAAUAGAGUCUCGACUGAAUACAAAGCCAUAGUGGCUGAAUUAUAAUUUUGGAGAUUUGUAUUUGAGAGUCCAUUUCUGAUUUCAGCACCUCCAUCGUCCUCUUUAAUGAGGGGUGGGGUGGGGUGAAUCGGGGUGGGUGGGUUUCAGGCAUCUUGCACUUUGACAUCCAGCCCUUUGUAAGUUGAUGUAAAAUGUUGUCACUUUUCUACACAGGUGUGUAUCACCUCAAUUUGUUAUGUGGGGGAAAAAAUGAAAUUGUAGCACCAGCAAAUUGCCAACAUGUUUGCUUUGAAAUCUUGUUUUCCAAGACGUCUUGUAUGUGGGAUCUUUAUGAUGUAGGAGUCACAAGUUUUAUUGACUAUUGAAUGAUCACUCCUGUUGUAUUCAGUGUUACUUAAUGGUUUCCUUGAAAAUAAAUACAUUUUUAUACGA